AGGAUACUCACGUUGAAUGUCCUUAGUUGACACCGGUGGGGUUCAACUGGAAGAGAUAAGCAACGAGGGAGUCACAGAAGAAACCGAUCCUAUGAAGAAUACACCGUCAAUCGGUGAACAACCGACUGACGAACCCUCGGUCGAGACCGUCGCGACUAACUGUGCUAAGGCUUUGGCCUCCUUGAAGGGGAGGAGGGAAGGUCAACGUCUGGAAAAGGAAGCACGGCCGACUCUGAUUGAGAGAGAGUCGAAGCUGCAAGAUUCAGGGAAUGAAGACAACACGAAGAAUGUCACCGAUAACACGCGGACGAGAAGCUCAAGUUCAUCCCUCGAUUCUGCCCAUGGUGUGUGGACGCCGCGGCACAGUCCUGAAGAGGUUAGAAGGAUGCAGAGUGUACUCCAACAGCAAUGGCAUCUUCUAUGGAUGGUAGACUCUAUGAACCAACACCAGGUGGCUGCAAGUAGAGGCACAGCGCUAUCAUCCUCAUCAUCAGAGCUUUCGACAGGAGAAGUACAGUCGUCAGCGACUAACGGCCCGAUACAUGGAGCCGAGGGAGAGGCCAAGGUCGAUACCAUGGAUUACGCUCUGGCCCUAGCUACUGCUGCGCCGGAAUAUGCAGCUGCUGUCGCCAACUGGUGGUCGGAGUUAAGUCCUCGGUGGAAGAAGGAGAUAUACGAUUGGCCGCCCUCAACUCUAUAAGAGAUGCUUCCGCAUCGUUCUAGUGAUGAGGUGACUCACUUGGUUGAAGUCACCAGCUGUAUGUGAUCGUUAUUACUUCUGUUCAUCCUCCUCAUUUGCCAUAGACUGGAUAUAAUAACAACACUAGUG